GUUCAUUUCACACUCUCUCUGCAGGCAGCACCUGCUGUCGCCGUUCUCCCCUGGUGUGUGGCCGUCCCGGGUCUCGCUGGUUGACGAGUGCCCCGCCCUUGAUGACCGUGCCGGACGAGGCUCUGUGGUCUCAGAGCCGCCGGUCUGAUUUCAUUUCAAUCAAGUCGGCUCUGUCACAGCCGAAAAGCAGAGGCGGUAUCGGGCCUUCCACUCCACGGCGGACUGGUUUUCCUUUGUUCUGCUACCGGGCAGUUGUGGGUUCAGGUGGUCGUUGCCGGCGGCCUUGGGGUCGAGAUUGAGGCAGCUCCGCCGCCCUUCUUCCAAGGCCCGCUCGCUCGUCAUCACUCCAUCCCUUUGGCCAGUCUGGCUGUUUGUUCGGGACCGAUCCGCGUCUCAAGUUCAAGUUCUCAGAGCCACCACCUUCGCCUGACGUCCGGCUUGGUCUGUCGUUGGACGUGGGCGACUUUUUCUAUUCCCGAGCGCUGUGUCCGUCCUGCUCUGCACACACUUGACCUGGCAGGCUCAUGAGGGGGCAUCCAGAGACGAUGGCCGGGUCAUUGCAGUGUUCUUGGGUGGGAAGUCUACGAGUGCCUCCGUGUUGGCCUCACCGGGCCACAUGGCACGUCUGCGCCUUUCACAUCUUGGAGUCUGCUACAGCCUGCCUGCCCAUGUCAGAAGCAGAGAACUCCCCGUACUGCAUUGCACGCAUUGCAUUGUUCCCAGUUGCCUUGCUCCAAUGUCAUCGAGUCUGGUCUGUCAGUUUGGCAUUCAGUCUUCUGCGGUGGCUUCGGUUUUCCGAGCCAGUCGUUGACCUUUUCCUUUUUCCUUUUCACAUAUGGUCUUUUCCUACUUCUUGAAACGCCAAUAUAGACACUAGAGCAUCUAUGCGAGAGCUAGAGGCCGACAAAAAGUAUUGACUGGGCACAUGUCAUACGGAAUUGGCAUCUAGGCAGAGCGCAUCCAACAAGGCACAGAGACAAUAGUGACCGGUACUCCGUAUCUGCUGCAUGACUGACUGGACUGCUCACUCACUCACUCACAGCGGGGAAUGUGUCGGGCCGACGUGUCGGCGGGAGCAGCGCAGAACAAACCAAACCAAACCAAUAGAGCAGCAUCAGACGCGGGAGGCAACGAGGCAGGCACACGGUAGAGACAGGCAGGCAGGCAGGCAGGCAGGCAGGCAGGCAGGUAGGUAGGUCAGGGGGCGCGGGGCUGGGCUGAAGCGAGCAAGCGACUGACUGACUGACUGACUGACUGACUGGCUUGACUUUGGCUGAGCUGAACGGGUGAGUGAGCGGGUGAGUGAGUGCCAUGCCAGCGUUGGAUGGAACCUUGCCUUUCCGAGCCGGUCAGUCAGCUCGACCCGUCCUUUCCCCAACCCAAACCCAAACCCAGACCCAGACCCAGACCCAACCACCGCCACUCACGGGACACCACUCGAGUGAGCUGCAAAUAUUCCAUGCGAUACCUCUUUGCCCCCCGUCGCGACUAGUUUGUCUGUUCUCUGAUCUGUAAUCCUUCCUCAUUCUGCCAUCUAUCUACCCUGGAGUGCCAGCUCCGGGUGGGCUCAACGGGAGAGAGAGAGAGAGAGACAGAGCAGGCAAGCGGAUCGUACCAGAGCAGACCCAGGUCUGCGCACGGUCGGCGCCUGGUCACUGUUUGAUCCUCGGCUGGCGGCGCAUGCCUUUCUUUGCCGCGAACCCUCAACAUCGCCAACAUCGCACCGUACCGCACCGCACCGAAUUGCACGGCACCGAAUCACACGGCACCGCACCGUUCCGCAGUCCUCCCCCGUCCCCCGGCUCUCCUCCCGACCGGGACUGUCUUCUGGCGUCUUUUCCUUGUGCUGCCCACCACUCCCGGGGGUUCCAGUGCGACGGUGGCGUCGCCUGCCCAGCGUCUUACCCAGCGGUCCGUCGCUUGUCAGCUUGAGCAAAACCUCUCCACAGCUGAUUGCGGCUUCUGCUGCUCCCCAUCCUGCGCUCCAACAGGGUCCACUUCGAUGCUUGACGCCCUCCCCGUCCACUCUCAUUGAUCCCUCUCCUCGCGCAUUGGGUGCGGUCCACUGCUCUCGCAUGCUGGGUACUAUAACCGGUCCCGACGCCAUUUCAGUCGUCUCUCCCGUCUCAGCCCCGCGGCGCUCCUCUCCUCACGUUUCCUCACCCAUGUCGGCGCAACAUGGGCGAUCGUCCGCCAGGUUUUGAUACCCCAAAGGCAGAAGGGGGCUGCUUCAAUUGCGGCAGCCAACUUCAUUUUGCCUAUGCAUGUCCUGAGCCGACACGCAAGGAGCCACAUGGCGCAGAGGUCUUCCGCCAGCGACAAGCGGCCAAGAGCAUGCACAGUCACGGUGGACAAGGCUCCCCGAACAACCGGUCUAAGGGGCUGGUCAUCACUCGAUAUGGCCCACCUCCAUCUCAAUAUCCUCCUCCUCCCGCCCCGCAGAACCCAUGGGGGCCUCCUGGCGGCCCUUAUCCUCCCCCAGCGCAACCACCCAGCGCAUACACACAGCAGCCGCCUGCACCUUACCCUCCGCCAACCCACGGCGCGCCGGCUUACCCACCUCCGUAUCAAAACGUGAAUCCGCCACCCGGCGUCUACGGGCCUCCGGUUCCUCCUCCUCCCCCGGCUCCCGCCCCGGGCUAUGGACAAUACGGGCAACCUUCCUACCCUCCACCUGCCCCUCCACAGUCAUAUGCUCCUCCGGGACCGUACGGGCCACCCUCUUACGCGCCUCCCUACCAGCCGCCAAAUCCAGCGUAUAAUGGUGCGCCGCCUCCCAGCUUCCCCGGACCACCACCUCCACCAGCACCGCCUCCGGCUACCUAUCCGCCACCCUACAGUAAUUCUGCUCCCCCAGGUCCACCACCGCCGGGUCUCCUGCCAGGGAUUUCUCCAAGUCUUCCCCCGCCUCCUCCCUCAAUUUCAUACCCGCCGACCCCCUACUCAUCGGGCUACGAGCCUCAAGCACCGUACCCAGCCCCAUACCCUCCGCCGCCAAGUCAGAGUUGGCAGCAGGGCUCUUCAGGUCAGAACCAUUCGCGCCAUCGAGACCACCGAGAUCGUCGCAACGACCGUGACAAAGGCGGCAGGAACAAGCAGUCCGGCCGGGGUAACGACAGACACCACCGCGGCCGUGAUCGUCGACACCAAGGGCCUGGCACGCGCUCCUCGUCCCAUUCUCGCCAGCGAACGCCCAGACCUGAAAGCGAAAAGAAGGAUGACAGCGUGAGAUCGACCCCCAGGGUUGAAGAGGUGAAGCCCGACGGAAAGGACUCGGAGGUUGAUGAUGAGUUCUCCUGGGACCUGGAAAAGGCGUUCGUUGAGCUGGACACAAAGCCAGGCGACCCUGUUGGAAAGCCCCUCGCAGCAGACUGGAGCGACGAGCCAACAAUACCUCCAGCGUAUAACGCCAAAUGCGUCAAGUCGGCAUUUUGUGACCCACAAAAUCCAGAAUCCUUCACGCUAUCAGUACGGGAGUCGAAGCAGUGGACUCAAGUCAGACGGGAUCCCGUAUUUCGGUAUCGGCGUGAUAUGGUCGUCAUCCGCUUUCCUGGGUCAAGCCACGAGUAUUUCACGUAUCAUUUCUCUCGGAAGCUCGACUCUGGGUCUUUGGAUGGCAGAGAGGUUGUUGCGCUGGGCCCUAGCGACUCGAGCUUAAAUGAUGUCGUCAGGCCUGCUGAAAGUCCUUCCAAAGACGCGCAACCCAUCCCCAGCUCGAGUAGUGGCAAGCGAGGCCACGAGCAUCCGGAUGGAAACGCGAGGGACGUCAAGCGUCUCAAGGUCCAACCGGAGAGGAUUGUGCACAGUCUACCACCACGACCGAUGUCGCCGCGCCCCCAAUCACACUCACCAGCACAUGGGUCGAACAUUAACGUCAGGGUCGAACCUUGGUCCCCACGGCCGGACGAGGCGGGACGGCCUGAUUCCAGAGGCCGGUACUCCCGGUCGCCGAGUGGGUAUCCAAAAGGAAACUCCAACAGCAAAGGCCAUUUCACCCCGCGUGAUUCAGCGCAGCGCUACGACUCGGGAUACCAGAGCGCGCACUCCGGCGACAGGAGUAAGCCCUACCGAGAGAGGAGCCACAGCAGGCGUCUCUCCCCGCCGCCAUCGCGCCGAGGUCGCGACGAGCGUGGCCCGAGCAGUGACCGAAGCCGCGACGAACCGACCCCGCGUAAAUGGUCUCCGUCAUAUGCCAAGGCACGAGGGCGGUCACGUUCGCCCACGCCGAUUGCAGCCACAAGCGAUACCGAGUCCGCGGAUCUGUCGGAUCUAGAGUAUGAGCUUCUGGGUAUGGAACGACCCGAGAAGAAAAAGAAGAAGGCUGUGCCGAGCAAAUCGACAGGGAAGAGAAGGCAGGUCAAGAUGAACGACGCCUUUGGUCGUCGUUGGUGACACCAAGAGCCAUAACUAAAGCAGGCACAUCUCUCGUCUUGAUUUUUUGGGGGGCUUUCCUGGCUCGCCAUCCAUCACCAGGCAUUGCAACUUUGCCUUAUAUGCGUGCAUAACAUGUGAAUUUUCACAAUAGCGGCGGCGUUGGACGGCUGCGGUUAAUACUCUGCAUUUAGGAACGCAGGUGCACGGAAGGGUACAAGCAAACGGGACGGUCACAAAGCAUGUACAAGCAUACGCAUUACUUGCAGAUAGCGAGGAGUGGCGCAUUCGACAUUCUGAACCGCUUCACUUUGAGACAUCAUCUACUCAGCGUUUUCUUUUACUUUAUCAAAUGGUUCCGUUCCCAAAGAGGCUUCGCUUCCCGACUUCCCGACUUCCCAGCUUCCCAUCUCUUCUGGUCCUGAUACUGAUAAUCACGAAGAAUCCCUCACAACCUUGUCCACAGCUUUGGCGAAGUACUCGACAUUCCUCGUGUUCAAGCCCGCCAUGCUGAUCCGGCCGUUCUUGGUCAUGUAGACGUGGAAGUCCUGGCGCAGCUUCAGGACCUGGGCCUCGGUCAGGCCGGUGAAGCUGAACAUGCCGAUCUGGUCGGUGAUGUGGUUCCAGGUGCCCGGGGUGCCGAGCUCCUCGAGCUUGGAGCGCAGGGUCUUGCGCAUGCUGAUGAUCCUCCCGCUCAUGGUGCGCAGGUUCUCCUUCCACUCAGCAAAGAGGGCGUCGUCGUUGAGGACGGUGGAGGCGACGCGGGCGCCGUAGAUGGGCGGGUUGCUGAUCUCGGAGCGCUGCAGGAUGGCCAGCUGGGAGGCGACGCGGGUGACGGUCUCGGAGGCGGAGGGGCCCGUGGGCGCGGUGACGAAGUGGAAACAGCCGGCGCGCUCGCCGUAGAGGCCAAAGUUCUUGGCGAAGGACUGGGCGACCAGGAGCUCGAAGCCCUGCUCGACAAAGUACCGGAUGGCGCCGGCGUCGCGGUCCAGGUCGCCCGAGGCGAAGCCCUGGUAGGCGGUGUCGAAGAAGGGGAAGUGGUUCUUGGCGCGAAUCACGUCGGCGAUCUCGCGCCAUUGCUGCUCGGUGGGGUCGACGCCGGUGGGGUUGUGGGCGCAGGCGUGCAGCAGGAUGAUGCUCCGGUCGGGAGCGUCGGAGAUGGCCUUCUUCAUGCCCUCGAAGUCGAGGCCCUUGGUCUUCUUGUCAAAGUAGGGGUAUGUGGCGAUGGGAAGGCCCACGUUGGUGAAGAUCUGGUUGUGGUUGGCCCAUGUCGGGUUGGAGAGGUAGACUGUCCGGUUGCCCUUGUAGAAUCUGGCGAGGAACAGGGCGCCGAGAUGGCAGGCGCCGGUGCCAGAGAUGGUCUGGACGGAGGUGACACGCUUCUCGGAAAUGGCAGCUGACGAAGGCCCGAGGACGAGGUCGCGGGCUUUGGAGGUGAAGGAGGCCAGACCUGCGAUGGGCAGGUACUCGUGGUUUAGGUCGGGGUCGUUGCGAAUGAUCUCAUCGGCCUAGGUGCAGCACAGAAACGGCGUGUUAGCAGAGUGGCGUGAUGGUCACGUUGUGAUGGGAAUCUGGGGUGAUCUGGAUCCUGGAUCCGGGGUAGCGGGGGAAGAUCGAGGGGACCCCAGGAUUGCGAUCGAGCCGCGAGGUUGCAGAUGCAACACGGUC